AUGAGCCUCGUCGGCCAAGAGUUUUGGAUAGUCGCUGUAGGCUGCGCCAAGGGCCAGGAGUCGCCUGCCAAGAAGGAUGCGCUCUUGGCACAGUUGAAGCAGUCUCCAGUUCUGCGAGGGGCGCCUGCCAGCAUCCAGGAGCCCUCGAAGUUCGAUGUGCCAGAUGGCGAGCGAUCCCUCCUCUUUGGAUCCUUCGACAACCUGAUCCGCCUCACGGACGACCUGGCAAAGGCCGACGGUCAGGUGGAUUCCAUCCUCCACCGCCUGGAGCGCCAGUACGUGGAGCUGGAUGCUAAGGCGACCUUCAAGGUGAAGUCGCAGCGGAAGGAGAUGCCGGUCCUGGACUAUCUGCAGACUUGGUCAUGGGAUGAAGCGAAGUUUCCCAAGAGCCGAUCGAUCUCAGAUACCCUCACCUGGACAAUGUCGGUGGUAAACCACAUUGACGAGGAAGCCCGAAAUAAGACUGCGCAGUUCAAUGAUUUCAAGACUCAGAUGGGCAGCCUUUCAAAGAAGGAUGCCGCCAGUCUUGCAGGCCGUGACCUCAUCGAUGUCCUCACACCUGACAAGGUGAGGGCCGAUGGCGGUCCGGAUGACGAUUUCAUCGUGACGGAGCACCUUACGACGGUUCCGGUCAUUCUGCCGCGAGGCGGCGAGGACGACUUCUUGAAAGUCUACGAGAAGAUGCAGGAAAACGUCGUGCCGAAGUCCGCCAGACAGUUCAAAGGUAUCGAAGACAAGGAUGGCAACACUUUGUGGCGGGUCGUCAUGUUCCGAAGUGCAGUUGAUGGCUUCAAGAAGAUGUGCAGAGACAAAAGGUUUACGGUUCGAGAUUUCGAAUAUAGCAAGGAUGGCUACCAUAAGUUGGAGCAGCAGCGAAAGUCUGUCGAGGAGUCGGUGAAGAGGCAGCGCGAUCUCGUCCAUGGUCUUUACCAGGCCUCAUGGUCCGAUGUCUUUGUUGCGUGGAUGCACAUAAAGGCGAUGCGGGUCUUUGUAGAGAGCGUCCUGCGCUUUGGCAUGCCACCCUCCUUCGCUGCCUUCAUCCUGAGCCCCAAGGGCGAUACGGCCGCAGCGCGGAAGGUUCUGGCAGAGACCCUGGGAAAGCAGGCCGGCGCCAUGGGUACAGCAAUGUCUGAGGCAGACGGAGAUGAAGAGUUCUUCCCGUACGUCUCCCUGUCUUUCACGUGCCACGGGCACUCCGUGCAAGUGUUGGGCUUCAGAGAAAUGCCGGGUCUGCAGCUCUUGGCCAGGACCCUGGAUGCGCGGCAGAUGUCUGAGCUGCCCAUCAGCAGCAAGAUUCCUGAAGCGUCAGCUGCUGAGCUCCCCGAAAGUUGCCAGGCCGUGCUCUUUGCGAUGCCUGGGACACUCACAAGGACGUUUCGGAAGAGGUCCUGGUGGACGGAUGCAGCGAUCAUCUGCAGCCACUUGACGGAAGCGGCGCUCACACGGACGUUUCGGAAGAGGUCCUGGUGGACGGAUGCAGCGAUCAUCUGCAGCCACUUGACGGAAGCGGCGCUCACACGGACGUUUCGGAAGAGGUCCUUGUGGACGGAUGCAGCGAUCAUCUGCAGCCACUUGGCGGAAGCGGUGAUUUUUGCGCACCUCAAGCACUUCGUGGAUUUCAACCGGCCUGACGUUUUCGUGGCCACCUACUACGCCUACACUGCUCCAUUCGCCCGCGGCCACACAAGGAACUUGCAGCAUAUGGACUAUUGGAAGUGCAGACCUUCGUGUGUUCCCACACCAAAAUGCUGUCACAGCCUUCGCUUCGUAGUGAAGAACAGCAAGUCCCUCUUCCGGAGCUUUCCAGAGUUUUUCGGGGAGUUGGUGCAAAAUUUGAAGAUGCACAGCGAUCUUGAGCCCGCAUACAUGCUCGGCAUUUGCCGACAUUGGUUCAAUGCCUUGGCGAGAGAGGCUUUGCAAGAUGACGCCUGCAAAGCUUUCAAAGAUUUGGUUCUCGGGCAGGCAAGCAUGCUGCGCGAACCUUUGUCCUACACCGUCGGAAGUUCCUUGCGGUCAGCCAGACCUGCGAUGCCACGUGCUGCCGCUGCUCCAAGUUUCUUUGGCAGCUGCGGGUUCUCGGUUCUGCGAGGUGGUGACUAUUACUUGCACUACGUGCAGGGAGUCGAUAUGGGAGACGACUUUCCAGACCUUCGGCUCUGGCACGGGGCAGUAUGGUGUGGUGCCCCUGCCGGUGCCUGCAUGCUCACCGUGGUGCGGCGACGUUCACCUCUCGACAAGGCCAGCAACAUGACGGGCGCAUGCGGUGGUUUUUGGUGUCAUGUGCUGCGGCCUGUCGGCGCGAAGGCAAGUCACGUAGUAGACCGAAAGGUUCUCAAGAACAUGGCGCGAAAAGCUCUCUGCGUGGGUUUGAACUAUCCCACCUCCAGCUGCCAGCUGCAGGGCUGCGUUGAGGACGCUGUAGCUUGGGAACGGAAGCUGCGCGAAACUUUUCAUUUUGAGACGCGCUUGCUGAUCGACCAACACCUAGAUGGCCGUGUAUCUGAAGAGGCGUCCCAGAUCCCGACGAGGUUAACCGUGUUGAGGAACUUGGCAUUUUGGCUUGUGGACGGUGUGCAGCAAGGCGAUACAUUGGCAUGGGUGUUUGCCGGCUUCGGCUGCCAAGUGGUGAAGGAUGAUCAUGUUGUCCUCGACGCAUUGCUUCCAGCAGCUGAUGGUGAAGUAUCGGGUAGCUCUGCUCUUGCUGGGAAUGGUGGCCGAGAAGUCAUAUUGAAGGAAGAUAUUCAAUGCAUCUUGUCGCGUGUGCCUGCUGGGGUCCACGUGACAGUAAUCAUGGACUGUGCCCAUGCAGCUGGAUUAUUGCGUGUCGGCAACAGCGUCGCACAAGAAGGCGAACUAGCACCUGAAGGCCGCCGUGGGCCUUUGAUUGUGUGGGAAAAUGUGUCCUUUCCCAGGUUUGUUCCGCAAGUGACUGGUUGCAUCCUCGAUCCCCGUGCUUGCAUUUUUCUUGUUGCGGCUUCUGAAGAGUGCGCAGCAUGCGAAGUUGAGAUGGACGGCGAAGGAGGGAAGUGUCACGGUGCCAUGUCUCUGGCUUUGAUCUCUGUUUUGGAUGGUUUGGUCAGGCCGGAGGAUUCCAUCACCAGUUGCACGUAUGCAACAUGGCUUGAAAGUGCAUCCGGGGCAUUGGCGACAUUUGCCCCUCAUCAGCGUAUCCAUGUUGAUUGCAGUGGAUCGCUGAAUUCUGUGCUGUUCGGCUUGGAGGAGUUCAUCACGGCACGCUCGCAGCACUCGGAACCCGUUUCGCAGUGCUGCUAUUGUUGCCAGUAA